AUGAGAAUCUCGGAUCUCCUGCUGUGCAGAUGGACUUGUCGGAAUUGCUGCCAGAAAUGUUACGAGUGCAGCUGUUGCCAGUCCAAUGAAGAUGAAGUGGAAAUCCUGGGGCCUUUUCCAGCGCAAACCCCUCCCUGGUUAUUAAGCAAUCGAAGUGAUGACAAAGAUGGCAGCUCGGAUAACCCAACAAGUGAACCACCACCAACCCCUCAGGAUGUUUCCCUGGACAGAAGACGGUCGUCCACUGAUAACUCCCGUUCCACUUAUAGCCUUACAAGACGAAUUUCUAGUCUGGAAUUGAGGAGACCAAGUUCUCCACUCGUUGAUAUUAAGCCCAUUGAGUUUGGAAUUCUAGGCUCUAAAAAGGAAAUUGUCCAGCCAAGCAUCCUGAGGAAAACUUACACCCCAGAUGACUAUUUUAGGAAAUUUGAGCCAAGACUAUAUUCCCUUGACUCAAAUAGCGAUGACAUGGAUUCCUUGACUGAUGAGGAGAUCUUAGCCAAGUACCAGCUGGGGAUGCUGCAUUUUAGCACUCAGUAUGAUCUCUUGCACAACUAUCUCAUUGUUCGGGUCAUUGAGGCCAAGGACCUGCCUCCCCCCAUCUCCUAUGAUGGCUCCAGGCAAGAUAUGGCCCAUUCAAAUCCGUAUGUGAAGAUCUGUCUCCUUCCAGACCAGAAGAACUCCAAGCAGACAGGAGUCAAACGCAAAACCCAAAACCCCGUCUUUGAAGAGAGAUACAUGUUUGACAUCCCAUUUUUGGAAGCCCAGAGAAGGACUCUGCUCUUGACAGUUGUGGAUUUUGACAAAUUUUCACGCCAUUGUGUCAUCGGGAAAGUGUCCAUGCCAUUGAGUGAGGUGGACCUUGUGAAGGGUGGCCAUUGGUGGAAAGCUCUGGUUCCAAGUUCUCAGAAUGAAGUUGAGCUGGGAGAACUCUUGCUCUCCUUAAACUACCUUCCCAGUGCAGGAAGACUGAAUGUCGACAUUAUUAGAGCAAAACAGUUACUCCAGACUGAUAUGAGCCAAGGUUCAGAUCCUUUUGUGAAAAUCCAGCUUGUUCAUGGGUUAAAACUGGCAAAAACAAAGAAGACUUCUUGUAUGAAGGCCACCAUUGACCCCUUCUACAACGAGUCCUUCAGCUUCAAGGUUGCACAAGAAGAACUUGAAAAUACUAGCCUGGUUUUCACAGUCUAUGGCCACAAUGUGAAAAGCAGCAACGACUUCAUUGGGAGAAUUGUGAUCGGCCAGUAUUCGACGGGCUCCCCAGAAUCCAAGCACUGGCGGCGGAUGCUGACGUCUCACCGCACCGCCACUGAGCAAUGGCACAGCCUUCGCUCGCGAGCCGAGUGUGACCGCGUCUCGCCAGCUUCCCUGGAGGUGACGUGAGCCAUCCACCCCGCUCCAGAGGCCUGUCUGACCAGUUCCCUACAUACACACCGUCCAAAUUCAUUGCCUUUGGAUUGACUGUCAACAACCGUUGGCAGCCAAACAUCUGCCACUGAUCACUGAGUUUCGGCCGUCUUCAAUUCCCACCUCCCUCCUUUAGUUUUCUCAGGUUCACCAACCAGGGAACGGUUUGCCUUAGUGGACGCACCCCUAUCCAGGAUGCUGCUGUUGCUGUCAAGGAAGUGUGGGCUUUCUGAGAGAUGCCCAUGGAUUGAAGGCCUCCUUUGGUUGCCACCUGGCAUUAUCAUCUAGGGCAGAUCAUUAGCCAUGAAAAUGCUGGGCUACCUGGACGUUUUUCUGUCCCCAUUGCUCCACCAUAACUCUCCAUUCCUACGAUCCGUGGUCUUAGACGAUGUCCAUUCCCCAUGUGCUCUCUUUGGUGAAUGUCUGGUAAACCAGCUAGAAGUUAUGACAGUAUUUUAGCAGUAGAGUGUAGGGCGAAAUCUGUUGUGUCUAAAUCCCGCCUUUUGUUCUUGUACUGGCUUAACAAAAUAUCACGUGUGCUUCUGUGUCUGAAAUGGUGCAUGUGGGUGAUGGGCAGCCGAGGCCAAAGCCUGUUUCCCACACCCACUCUUGUUUGUCUCACAUUUUAUCUGAUGGAUUCCAUAUUACGGUCUACUUUCAACUGCUGGAACUACUGCCGUGGAGUGGAACGGGGGAGCCACAUGGUUUCGGUGGAGGAAACGUCCUCUGUGGGUAGGAAGGAAGGACAGGAAAAUGUGUGAUGAAGCAGUGGAAGAAUUCGGUCUGUGACUUGGAAAUGUAUAUUUCACACCUGCAUCUUGACUACACCUGUAUGACCAUGA